GAUUAAGCGCAGAAUAAAUUUAGACUAUCGUUGGGGGGUCUGCAUGUUUUAUCCUUGUCCGGCUAUUCUGUUUUUCACAUUAAGAUUGGCAAAUCUGCUUUCCUUAGCACUGGUCAGUCUCCUUUUAUUUGCAAGACCAUCCGUGAGAGCGCAGUUUAUCGCUGGCCCGGCUCCAGCAGGCGAGUCGAGGCAGACCAGCGCACUUGCCAAAGGGAAUAAACGUGAAGACACUGUAAUGCUGGAGGGGUCUGUCACCCAGACCGCUACCGUUCGGAUUUCGGGGCUGCGAUUGGGCUGCCGGCGGUUCUGGCUUUUCCACCGGCGGACGCGGCUAUGGAUCGGCACGCCAGCGUUAUUUUGCAAAGGACCCGGGUUAUGUUAGCUUACACACACAUGCAGCACCGUGUGAGUGUCAGCUACUUUACUCUCCGCUGAAAUCGCUUUUUUAAAAAAAACCUCCGGACGCCAAAGAGCAUUUUAACACCUGGAUAUUUUUCUUUUGCAAUUUACUUUUAAUUAUUUCGACGCAGGGGCAGUGGUACGGCUGCACAACUUCUGGUUAGGUGGCCUGGGUGCACAAUGAGCGCAAAGCGGGUGGACGCCAAGGUGGUGAUGCUGGGGAAGGAGAGCGUCGGCAAGACCAGCUUGGUGGAGAGAUACGUGCACCAGCGCUUCCUGGUGGGACCAUACCAGAACACUAUCGGAGCGGCGUUUGUGGCCAAAUCAGUCCAAGUGAGCGACCAAGUAGUGACCCUUGGGAUUUGGGAUACUGCUGGAUCAGAGCGUUAUGAAGCCAUGAGCAGAAUAUAUUACAGGGGGGCCAGAGCAGCAAUUGUCUGUUACGAUUUGACUGAUUCUUCCAGUUUCCUGCGUGCCAAAUUCUGGGUAAAGGAGUUGCAGAACUGUGAAGAACAAUGCGCGAUAUACUUGUGUGGGACAAAGAAUGACCUCGUUGAAUGUGACCGCGGUACCCGGCAAGUAGAUUACCAUGAUGUUCAAGAUUUUGCAGAUGAAAUAAAAGCUCAGCAUUUUGAAACCUCUAGUAAGACUGGUCAUAAUGUGGAGGAGCUCUUCAGGAGGAUUGCGGAGGAUUACUGCAGCUCUGCCUUCGAGGUGAUGUCAGAGGACAAAGGGGUAAACAUGGAGCAGAAGGGCAAUUUUCCUUACUCCUGCUGCCGCAACUGAUGACGGACGGCUGUAUGCUCCUUUGACGGCUUCCUGCCUCGCAUGACCUUAGGGGCGGGGCGAUAUCGAACCAUUUUUUUUUUUUGAAAAUUUACAAAUCGAUGACACCUUUGGGGAAAAGGACUGGAAAACGGCGUCAAAGGGACAGCUGAGGACUUGAUACGAGAUGUGUGGAGUUCGUUAGCGUAUCGGACGGGGACGAGGACAAGAAAGUGCUUGUAUCACCCAGCAAAGCCUGAUGUUUAAUUUAUAACGACGCUACGCUUAGUUUUUGUCCACGUCGAAAACCGCCACUUUGCACAGAAGGGAGCCCCACUCACUCGAGUGGCCAUUUUGCUUUUAUUAAAAAAGGUUUUAUAAAAUCGCAAAGUCUUGUUUUUUCCCCCGACUUUACCUUGAGCCACACCUGCAAUGGUUUAGCUUUACGAAUUUGAUGUGCCAACGUUACUCUGAGUAAUAGCUACUGAGACGUGUGAUAUUUUUAUACAGAAACUUUGGGGAUCUCCCUUAGGAAAUAUUUAAAAUAACAAUCGGAUUAAAGUAUAGCUGGAAGGUAAGACCCUCUCCCAGAAUGCAACAGUCUUCUAAAAUCCUACACAGUAUGUCUAAGCAGUUUUUUUUUUUUAACUAGUUUUUUUUUUUUUUUUGGGGGGGUGGGGCAGUCAAGCGAAUGUGUCUACAAUAUAAGUGUGUUGAGGGUACAGAAUCUGUAUGAUAUUUGUAUAUUACUUAAGCAUUUUUUUUAUAGUUUGUGUUGUAUAUGAGUUAGUGCUACGCAAAUCUUGUCUGCUUUAAGUUUUAUUUGUGGCUGAGAAAAAUAAAUUGGUAAUUUGGAAGUUAUUUUUUUUUUUAUACCAUUGAGCCUUAUUCAUUUCACCAGAGGCCUACUUGCAUGUCUAAAAACAGAGGAAGGGAGGGGUGCAUUUGAGAAGCUACUAACCAGCAUCCUAACCCUCCCCCACCCCACCCAAACUUUUUGCUGGUUGUUGCAGUGACCCCAGGGAAGAAGCACACAGUUCGCACAUUGCUGCCUAAUUAGACAAGUGCAAGUAGGACCUCAGCCUUCGUUUCGUAAAAAAUACUUUGUAACAUUAAAACAAUAAAUGGUGUAACUGGG